ACUGGAAGAGCAGAUCUUUUAAGAAGACAUUCUGUUCCGUCAGGUUCCUCUGAGUGUGUGUAAAAGCAAGCCAGGAGAGAGAGAGAGAAAGAGAGAGAGAGAGAGAGAGAGAGAGAGAGAGAGAGAGAGAGAGAGAGAGGAAAAGGCAGAGAGAGAGGGGGAGAGGGGAUCUGUUGCAGGCAGGGGAAGGCGUGACCUGAAUGGAGAAUGCCAGCCAAUUCCAGAGACACACAGGGACCUCAGAACAAAGAUAAGGCAUCGCUGACACCACACCGGGGACAAGCUCACAGACAAGUCAGGCUGGGGGGACCAAGGUCUGGCAGCCAGGAGUACCGCAGGCAGGAAAAUGAGGUGGCUUCUUCUCUGUCAUAUUCUGUGCUUCUCCUUGUCGAAGGCUUUGGCCCACACUGUGGAGCUGAACAACAUGUUUGGCCAGAUCCAGUCGCCUGGCUACCCAGACUCCUAUCCAAGCGACUCAGAGGUGACUUGGAAUAUCACUGUCCCUGAGGGAUUUCGCAUCAAGCUUUACUUUAUGCACUUCAACUUGGAAUCUUCCUACCUUUGUGAAUAUGACUAUGUGAAGGUAGAAACUGAAGACCAGGUUCUGGCAACCUUCUGUGGCAAGGAGGCCACGGACACAGAGCAGACCCCAGGCCAGGAAGUUGUCCUCUCCCCUGGUGCCUUUAUGUCUGUCACUUUCCGAUCAGAUUUCUCCAAUGAGGAGCGAUUCACAGGCUUUGAUGCCCACUACAUGGCUGUGGAUGUGGACGAAUGCACGGAGCAGGAGGACGAGGAGCUGGCCUGCGACCAUUACUGCCACAACUACAUCGGGGGCUACUACUGCUCCUGCCGCUUUGGCUACAUCCUCCACACCGACAACAGGACCUGCCGAGUGGAGUGCAGUGACAACCUGUUCACGCAGAGGACCGGUGUCAUCACCAGCCCUGACUUCCCCAACCCUUACCCUAAGAGCUCCGAAUGCUUCUACACAAUCGAGCUGGAGGAGGGUUUCAGGGUCAGCCUGCAGUUUGAGGACAUUUUCGACAUUGAGGACCAUCCUGAGGUGCCCUGCCCCUAUGACUACAUCAAGAUUCAAGCAGGUUCAAAAAUGUGGGGGCCAUACUGUGGAGAGAAAGCGCCAGAGCUCAUCAAUACUCAAAGCCACAGCAUCCAGAUCAUGUUCCGCAGCGACAACUCAGGCGAGAACCGGGGCUGGAGGCUCUCGUACAGGGCGACAGGGAAUGAGUGCCCAGAGUUACAGGCUCCUGUCCAUGGGAAGAUUGAGCCCUUGCAAGACAAGUAUUCCUUCAAAGACCAGGUGCUCAUCAGCUGUGACACUGGCUACAAAGUGCUGAAGGACAAGGUGGAGAUGGACACCUUCCAGAUGGAGUGCCUGAAGGAUGGAACCUGGAGUAGCAAGGUCCCCACCUGUAAAAUUGCAGACUGUGGCGUACCGCCAGAGCUGGAACAUGGUCUGGUCACCUUCUCGUCCAGGAACAACCUUACUACAUACAAAUCUGAGAUCAGAUACUCCUGCCAGAAGCCCUACUACAAGAUGCUUCACAACAUCACAGGCAUAUAUGCAUGUUCUGCCCAAGGAGUCUGGAUGAAUGAAGUGCUGGGAAGAAGCCGGCCCACCUGCCUGCCAGUGUGUGGUCAGCCCUCCCGCUCCCUACCAAACCUGGUCAAGCGGAUCAUCGGGGGCCGGAAUGCAGAGCCUGGCCUCUUCCCAUGGCAGGCCCUGAUAGUGGUGGAAGACACCUCGAGGGUGCCAAACGACAAGUGGUUUGGAAGUGGAGCCUUGCUCUCCGAGUCCUGGAUUCUCACAGCAGCCCAUGUGCUGCGCUCCCAGCGCAGAGACAACACCGUGACGCCGGUCUCCAGGGAGCACGUCACCGUCUACCUGGGCCUGCAUGAUGUGCGGGACAAAUCAGGAGCUGUCAACAGUUCAGCGGCACGAGUUGUUCUCCACCCUGACUUCAACAUCCAGAACUACAACAACGACAUAGCGCUGGUGCAACUGCGGGAGCCCGUGCCCCUGGGGUCUCACGUCAUGCCCGUGUGCCUGCCGAUCCCUGAGCUGGAAGGCCCUGCGCCCCACAUGCUGGGCCUGGUGGCUGGCUGGGGCAUCUCCAAUCCCAACGUAACGGUGGACGAGAUAAUCAGUAGUGGCACGCGGACCUUGUCAGACAUCCUACAGUACGUCAAGUUACCAGUGGUGCCCCACGCAGAGUGCAAAACCAGCUAUGAGUCCCGCUCGGGCAACUACAGUGUCACAGAGAACAUGUUCUGCGCCGGGUAUUACGAGGGUGGCAAGGACACGUGCCUUGGAGAUAGUGGUGGGGCCUUUGUCAUCCUCGAUGACUUGAGCCAGCGCUGGGUAGCCCAAGGCUUGGUGUCUUGGGGGGGGCCUGAAGAAUGUGGCAGCAAGCAGGUCUACGGGGUGUACACGAAGGUCUCCAACUAUGUGGACUGGGUGUGGGAGCAGAUGGGCUCCCCACAAGGUCUCGGGGAGCUCCAGGUUGAACGGUGAGCUGACAGACUUCCUCAAGGCCUGCCUGCCCUGCCCCAGCCCGUCAGGCUGCACCACACACUUCCAACAGCACACUCCAUGUUACCCACCAGGCCCAAAGGAAUGGAACACACCGCUCCCAUCUGCCAGAGACAGCCCCCCGGGACCCUGAGAGGCAGUUGUGUGGUAAAGGGAAAAGGGUCUCAAGAAGAAACUGGCCCAGGGCCCUGUACGUUCUUUUUCCUCUCCUGGCCUCACUGUUCCCAACAGUACAGUGAGGAAGCUAGACCUCCUGGCCAAUGGUAGGUCCUGUCUGCCAUGCUCCCCCCAUGGCCUUGCUUCACUCCGUUCACUUAUCACUCCCAUUGGUUACCACUGUUGGUACAGCUGAACUUGGACCUAAUUAUUAGAAAGUAUUUCCUCACAUUGAGCUGGAUUCUAACUCCAUUUAUUUUCCCAGCUCUGCCCUCUGGGCCCAGAUAAGUGCAGGCCUUCUAGGAGAAAAGCACUCAUGUUUCAGGAGACAGAGAUAAUACCCAGAAGCCCCUCUCUCCUAGUGUAAAAGUCUUAUCGUGAUGUUUCUCUCCCAAAAGCUUCUUGGAGCUUAUUCCUUACAUUCUCUAUUAAAGGAAGUCCAAAGGACAAAGAGAACGCUGGGGAAACAGGGGAAGAGUAUAGCAGUGGGAGGCUCCCCAACCCCUUUAAAUUUCUACUGUCAACUUAGAACAUGUCACUUGGGUUCACAUGUCACUGUUGAAUAGCAGCUGACAACACAGGCAGCUGACAACCUGCCUCUCCAAGUGAGCUCAAAGCCUUGAAACAUAUAAUCUGGAAAGGCUACCUGAGCCCCAGCUCCAGAUGUGGCAACUCCACAGAACUGCUUGCAGUAGGCCCACACUGGAAUGCACCGCGCUUCUGGGCAGAAAAUGGAAGAAGAAUAAACUUAGGACAUUAGGAGUAACUGAUCCUGCAGGCUGCCCGGCAUGUCUGCAGAGAACCACACAGCAUGGGUGCUCAGAAGGAUCCACCCCACCAAUUUCUUGAAGCCAGAGUCAAAGGAAGCAGAGACUCAUCCAUGAAAUCAAUGAAGAGACAAAGAGCUCCAAGUCCUGAGAGCUGGUCCAAACUCUGCCCUCUACUGGCUGCAUAACCCUUGACAAGUCACUUUCCCUUUCUGGACUUCAGUCUCCCAUAUGUAAAAGAAAGGCAUUAUACCCCUUCAGAGUCCUUCCUACUCCAGCGCUCAGUACUUCCACUGCCAGCAACCUCUCCCUGGCCUUCCCCAGGGCUGAGCAUCCUCCUUCUCCUUGGAGCUCUAGCUCCUGGGGAUUCUCUAUUAUAGAAAGGCAGUCGGAGAAGCCCCUCCGACAGAUUCUGAAGGAACGAUUAGGAAGUGCCCACUUUUCCAAUUGGCUCAUCAAAGUACACUCCUAUGUCAGUGAAUGGUGCAUAUAGAGGAUGCUGUAUUUUGUAUAUUUUAUAUCACAAGCUUCACUACUCUGUAAAGUGCCUCUGCACUCUGUUUCUUUUAUCAGGGGUAUAAAGUGGAAAUAAACCCUCUAUGGAUAAUCAAUAGCCUUCAUGUGGGUU